CUUAUCUGGGCCUGUCGGCGGCUCCUGCAGGGUCCAUGUAAAUUUGACAGGUUCGACUUGAUCAGCGGCGCGUUGCACCAUCGUUGUUUGGAAAUAAGUAUAAUGAUAGUCAGUACAACUAUACUGCAGGUGCCUUGGAAGCUGAACAACGCCGAGUCGCUCCUCUCUCGCCGUUCCGCCAUGUCACUCAAACUGACGCCUUGGUUUUCCAGCUGCCGCCGGCGUUAUUGCAGUCAACGUUUCAAUGUCUAGAUUAGGAGCAGCAGUAAUCCAAGUAGGAAACAAUUACCGCUCUCGGCAUUCGCGCUUCACGAACCGGCCUUAUGAGCAAGCCGUUUCGGCAUGAACCGCACCACCCAAAGUCACAAACCGAAAGUCCUCUUGGAUCGAGACAUCCAAAAUCCGCGGUUUGAUGCUGGGACGUUGUUCGAAGUCCUUGCUGACGAUCCUUAUGAAUCGAAGGUGAAGGUUCAGUCCUUGGACCCCGGGGACUCCGGUGUGAUACUGUGUAACAGGGAAAUCCUGCGCGAAGUGACGUCCCUCGAAGCUCUCGUGUUGUUGCCGGUCAAACCAGUGCGCAACCGGCUCAAGAUAUACCGCGACCAAGAGUGGCUGAAGGAGAUACCCGUUAUAAGCGAAAACAAGCGCGUUGUGGUGAAGGACAAGUUUGAAGGGAUCGUCAAGUUCAAGGGAGUCGUUCGCGAAUACGGCCCUGGCAUUCGGUUCAUCGUAGAAAUUCAGGAUGGUACCAAUGAUCCAAUCAAGAGGAAGCAGUGUUUCUCAAUUCAAGACCUUCGGCUUCUUGAAGGCCGGGAAAUUCAUCACGGGCACAACUCAGUGGUACCACGUCUUCCUUCUAAGAAAAAACUCUCAGUUGGUAUAACUCGAUGUGACCCUGCUCCAUGGCACCAAGAUAAGCUGAGAGACUUCUGUGACUCGGAAUCGGCACCAUUGCGAAUCAACGACCGUGUCGUGUGGGUGAGCGACCAUGGGCCAGAGUACGGCACAGUGCGGUGGCUGGGCCACCUGCAUGAUACCAGUGAAGACUUGAUGGUUGGUGUGGAAUUUGACAACCAAGUUGGAACAGGCACUGGAAAGUACCGUGACCGGCAGCUUUUUGAAGCCCAGCUUGGCCAUGCAUCAUUGAUUCCCCUGCUGGGGCUUCUUAAAGCAGACGACUACCUCGGGGAACAAGCACCAGUUGACUAUGGAAAUUCAUGCUUUUACACCUCACAUAUUGAUCGAAGGCUCAAGCUCCCCACACCAAGCUAUUUUCAAGAAUUUUAUGAAGACAAACAGAAAUAUGGUGGGAGCUCUAGAGGACCUUCACAGUCAACUAGUGAAUCUGUUAAUCUCGUCAACCCUUUGUAUGAAAAGCGCCAAGCUUUGAACGCCCAGUCUGAAACGAAGGUGCCAGGGGAACGUCAACAAACUUUGGACAAAGGCAACUGCAGCACAAAUGACCUUGUUUCAGUGCUGGGCCAAACGGCCGCUGAUGUGGCAGAAUUGUGUAACCAGAAACGUGGAAUACAAGGACACCAUAAUUCAUGCUACUUAGAUGCCACGCUUUUUGCCAUGUUUUCCUGCACUACCCUUUUUGAUGACAUUCUGAAUCGAGACCGUGAACCUCAUGACAUACCGCAGUAUGAGGAAAUCCAGAAAGUGCUGCGUGAUGACAUUGUUAACACUCUUCGUCGCGACCGUUACGUGCCUAGCAAAAAUGUUAUGAGGCUUCGGCAGCUCCUUGAUGAUUUGGGAUGUGUGUCAGGACUCACUACUGAAGAGAAAGAUCCUGAAGAGUUUUUAAAUUCAUUAUUCCAUGCAUUAAGUGUGAAGCCAUUUUUAAAGCUAAGCUCACAACAAGAGACACACCUUUAUCAACUGUUUGUGGCUAAAAAUGAGCUGCUGGAAAUUCCUACUGUGCAGCAGCUUUUUCACCAGUCCAUUUAUGAAUGCAAGCUAAAGUUCCAGAGGGCACCUAAAGCAUUGAUCAUCCAGAUGCCUCGCUGUGGGAAGCAGUUUAAGCUGUAUGACUACAUUGUACCGAGCCUGAAGUUGGACAUUACAGAUGCCUUGGAAGAUUCAUACAGGUUUUGCUAUGUCUGUGGGAGACAGGCUACACUAGAGUGUUGGGAAUGCUUUCGACCAGAUGUGGGCCUUGAAUGUACCAGUUACUGUGAUAGCUGCAGCAAAACGGUUCAUCAACAUAAAGACAGAACAGACCAUAAGCAGGAGCCAUUGUUGAUUAAAGAUUCUUUUAGAAAGGAUGCACCGCUUCGCAGAGAAGUUAUGGACCUGUUUGCAGUUGUCUGCAUUGAAACAAGCCACUAUGUCUGCUUUGUGAAGUGUCCUGUAAAAAACAAACACACCUGGUGCUUCUUCGACAGCAUGGCUGACCGUGAAGGUGGAGAAGAUGGGCACAACAUCCCUAAAGUGGAUAACUACCUUGAUGCUGACAACUGGUUUGAACAAAAGGGCCUAGAAAAAUUACGAGACCUGUCUCGGGCUGAUAAGGCUCGGGCUGAUAAGAUACUUCCUGGCAUGACACGCAGGUUGCUUAGCGAUGCCUACAUGUGCAUGUAUGAGAACAAAUUUGUCAAGCAGUAUGAGUGACGCAUACCGGUUAAGCUUCAGGCAACUGCAGUCAUGUAUAAGAGGCAUGUUUGUGUACUGUGAACAGUUGAUUUAAUAUUUCAACUAAUAAAUGAUUUUAGAAAUGCUCCUA